AUGAGUUCAUCAUCAAUUUUGCGAAAGGAAAUAACAGGAUGCAACGGUCUACUCACCAGACGAAUUCUAUCACACAGAGGUGCCAAUAUAAUGCACUAUGGAUAUACUAGGUAUCCUUUAAGUCCGAAAUUGCAUGCAGAUUCUGUCAAUUGGGUUAGGCUUCAGUCUACAGCACCACCACCAUCACCAGUGAAGGAUGCAAAACUAGCUUCAAAGCAAGGGAACCAGACGUUAUCUUCCAAAUCUGAGUCUACUGCUGACAGCGAAAAGGCAAGGGAGAAACAAAUAGACACCAAAGCACUUGAAAAAUUGGAAAAUUCACCAACAAAUGAACUUGUACAAAAAGAAGAAGCCAAAGACAAGCCUAAGCCCACUCUUUGGGAAAAGGUUAAGCAUGAAGCCCAGCACUACUGGCUGGGUACCAAGUUAUUGGGUUACGAAGUCAAGGUAUCCACGAAAUUGUUGACGAAAUUAAUUGCGGGAUACGGAUUGAGUCGAAGAGAAGCUAACCAAUUACAAAGAACAAUUGUUGAUGUGGUGAGAUUAGUUCCAUUUGCAGUGUUUGUUCUUAUUCCAUUUGCAGAAUUGCUUCUUCCUGUUGCUUUAAAACUUUUCCCAAAUAUGUUGCCUUCAACUUAUGAAUCUAAAACAGAUCGUCAAAAUAAGAGAAACAAGUUGAAAAAGACGAGAAAUGCAGCUAGUGAAUAUAUUAAGCAAACGAUGGAACAAUCAGGGUUGAAAUUAUCGAAAAAGAUUACUGAUGCAGAAAGAGAAAAUUUUGUCCAAUUUUUCCAUGCUAUAUCCAUGGGUAAGAACCCCACUAGAGAACAAUUGAUUCAAGUUGCAAGAUUGUUCAAAAACGAUCAAGUUUUGGAUAACUUGAGUCGUCAUCAAUUGGUUGCCAUGUGUAAGUACAUGUCUUUAAGACCAUUUGGUACUGAUUCCAUUUUAAGAUAUCAAAUCAGACAUAGAUUAUUGACAAUCAUUAAAGAUGAUAAGGCAAUCGACUAUGAAGGUGUCGAGUCAUUAUCUAUACCGGAAUUGCAAAUGGCAUGUUCUCAAAGAGGUAUCAAAACUAGUGAUGUUUCUCCUGGUAGAAUGAGAGAAGAUUUGGAAACAUGGUUGGAUUUGAGAUUGAGACAGAAAAUUCCUUCCACUUUAUUGAUUUUGAGUAGCGCUUACACUUAUGGUGAUAAUCAAACUACUGAUUCAUAUUAUGAUGCAUUGUUGGCAGUAUUGUCCUCAAUUCCUGAUGAAGUUUACAAUGUCGCCAAAUUGGAAUUAUCCGAUGAUUCGAAAUUGAAAUUGAACAUCUUGAAGGAACAAGAUGAAUUGAUUGAAGAAGAAAAUGAAAGAGAAAAGGGCACUGUUAACAAACUUAAGGAUGAUAUCAACUUGGAUGAGUAUGAGGAUACAGCAACUGAAGGUGUGAAUUAUGAACAGGAUCAAGAAGAGAAGGAACUUGAAAAUGGAUUGAAUAAGGAAUUGGAGAACGAGGACACUAAGAAGGAAGUUCAUAACAAAGCAGUUGAGGACCCAACUGCUCCAAUUCGUUCCGAACAUGCCAAAGACGAAGAAAUUGAGAAACACGAUGAUGAAAAAGUGAAGAAUGAAAAGGCAUAA